AUGGCGAGCGCUAGAGGCAUGGCUCAGCUGGAGGAGGACGGAGAUGCUGAUGGGGCAAUGGUCGAUGGAUCUAACGCCCCCAGCCCCCAUCCUGGCCCGGUGCAUUGCCGCCUUCACCAAGUAUGGCGCGAGAGAGUCGGAUUCGAUUUCGAAACGCGUCCACACACCCAGUCGGACUCGAUCCCACCUUCUCAUAUAUUCACUCCAAUCCACGACUCGAAUCUCGCAAGGUUACGCUCUUACGCUGCUUGCCCGCAUCCCGCCGCCGCCAUGGCCAACGAGGAGAGCGGGAGCCCGCUCCGACGCUGGAGGCCGUUCUACAGCGCUUUCGGCGCCAUCGACGAAGCAAUCGAGGCAGCCGACCACCCGCGCGCCGCGUUCCGGGAGGUGAGGGUCCGGAUCGUCCAGCUGCUCCGGGGCGCCGUGGACGACGGCGUGGCCGAGCAGCUCUGCGCCGCGCUCGACGACGCCAUGGUGGAAGCGCUCCAGACUCUGCGGGUGGCGCCCGUCCCGCACGGUGCGCUGGCGUCCACCGACCUCGCAAGGGCCGUCGGCGCCCUCGGGAAGCACGGGUCGGCCCGGAUCCGCACCCUCGCGGGCGACGUCGUGCGCGGGUGGAGCACAGCCAUUGACGGCGCUAAAGCUACAGCAGAGGAGGAGCUCGACAAGCUCUCUGAUGAUCGGAUCCCACGCCAGGGCAUCUCUACAGCAGUCAAGAAGCCGGUCGACGCUCAAAGCGAGAAGAUGAAGGCCAAGAAGCUGAUUGUCACUCAAAGCGAGAAGAUCGAGGCUAAGAAGCCGGUCGCUGCUCAAAGCGAGAAGAUGGAGACCAAGAAGCUGAUCGUCACUCAAAGCGAGAAGAUGGAGAAUACUAAACGGAAGCUACGUGAGGGUUACGAAGAAGCCAAGAAGAUCAAACGUCUUCACACGAUUCAGAAGAUCGAGGAUAAGGAGGCACCAAAGCUUUUGGAGCAAAGCCAACGGAAGAUGCAUAGAGUUCCAGCAAGAUGUAGGAUCUCCUCAGGCGUUCGUCGUUCUUUGCUUCCCUCUCUUCAGCUGAUUUAG